CGAUAAACGUCGUCAGCGAGAGCGCUAGUGGUCAACGGGUGUUUGGUUUUAUGCGCGUUUAGCGACAAAGUGCGAAAACUUGACGUUUCAUGUUGAAUUCGUGAGCCCGUUGCAUCGGAGCAUCGUUUGUCGGAAAAUUCAGAAAUAUGUUUCGCGUCUUCGUGGCGAUCGCGGCACUCCUCGUGCUGGCCGAUGCGCAGCUGCAGAGAAUCUCACUGCACAAGACUGAUUCCAUACGCAAAGCCUUGAAGGAAGUUGGUACCGAGCUGCACCAGAUUCGUAUGCUCGAGGCUACCUCUCCUUCACCAGAACCUCUCUCCAACUAUCUAGACGCGCAAUAUUAUGGCGUUAUCAGUAUUGGAACUCCGCCACAGGAAUUCAAAGUAAUCUUCGACACCGGUUCCGCUAAUCUCUGGGUACCAUCCAAACAGUGCCACUACACCAACAUCGCUUGCCUGUUGCAUCACAAGUAUGAUAGCAGGAAAUCCAACACGUACAAGAAAAAUGGCACCGAGUUUGCUAUCCACUACGGCUCUGGCAGUCUAUCUGGAUUCUUAUCUACUGAUGUGGUGACCGUCGCUGGACUCAAUGUCCGGGAUCAAACGUUCGCGGAAGCGCUCAGCGAGCCGGGCCUGGCCUUCGUUGCCGCCAAGUUCGACGGUAUUCUGGGAAUGUCCUACUCAACGAUAUCUGUCGACGGGGUGACCCCAGUGUUCUACAACAUGGUCAAGCAACAGCUGGUGCCACAAGCUAUCUUCAGCUUUUACCUGAACCGAGAUCCUUCGGCCAAGGUGGGUGGCGAGAUGAUACUGGGCGGUUCCGAUCCCGAGCAUUACGAGGGCGAGUUCACCUACGUCCCCGUUACCCGCAAAGGAUACUGGCAAAUUACCAUGGACGGAAUUAAAGUAAGUGGCAAGAAGUUCUGCGCGUCUGGCUGUCAAGCCAUCGCCGAUACCGGCACCUCUCUGAUAGCUGGACCGACCGAGGAUAUCGCGGCUAUCAACUCGGAAAUUGGAGCUACCACUAUCAUAGGUGGUGAAGCCAUGGUGGAUUGCAGUCUGAUUCCUCAAUUGCCCAUGAUCAAUUUCGUCUUUGGCGGUAAGUCGUUCAGCCUAAGUGGCGAGGAUUACAUCCUUCAAAUUAAACAGUUCGGCAAGAAGAUCUGCAUGAGUGGUUUCAUGGGUAUGGAUAUACCUCCACCGAACGGACCACUGUGGAUUCUGGGUGACGUGUUCAUCGGCCGUUACUACACCGAAUUCGAUAUGGAGAACGACAGAGUGGGAUUCGCGCCGGCAAAAUAGAGGCUUUUUCCUUGUUUCUCGCUAUAGACAUUAGACAAAAUAAUUUCGCGAAUGAUAAAAUUUCUCUAGGAUUUCUCCGCCUUAUUGCCUUGUAAUUCGUGAUGAUUCUGCGUGCGAGUGUAUCGUUAUACGUUUGUGAUAUAUCUUAGAUGAUUAGACCGAAGAUAUAUGUGAUAUUUCCAAUGAGAAUUCUGUAUAUCUUUUCCUCAGCAUUAAUACUGUAUUACAAGGUACGAUUUUUCUGGAUAAACUAAGUUUGUUAAUAAAACGCAUUGUUUUCAUAC